UGCAGCGAACGCAUAGACAUUUGGCAACAUAUCAAAAACUGACAAGGCUAUAAAAUUACAAAGAAAUUAAUAGACAGUUAUAUGAAAUAUCAAUAACUUACCUUAUUUCUUACACAAAAACUAUUUUUCAAACUUCUGAAAGUAGAUAAUUGAAGCGAAAUUCAAAUUCAAAACACUCGUACUCUCCCUCACACAAACUUUUACGCUUACUUAGUUGUAAUGACGUAUGACAGCAAAACUGUCGCCAAAUUUCGUGACGGUUUUUAUUUUUCUUAAAGUCUAUGAUCUAUGCCAGUAUUUUACGUUGCGUUCAGAAACCAACAACUGUCAAAACUUUUUUUUUUUUUUUAUUUUAGCCAUUUGGCAACUGUAUGCAUUUAAGGGUGUUUUAAAAUAAAAUGUAUUGCUAUAGCCGGAGAAAGGGCUUGUACACAAAACUGCGAUGCGAAUUCGCAACUCAGAAAAUUACGACACGAAUUGCUGCGAUGCGAUUUCGUGCGGCAAGGCGUCUCCCAGUGUGACCAUUCCUUCGACGACCGUUAACCGUACUAAACGUAUUUUGAAUUGAAAGCUAGGUCGUGACAUGGAUCGUAAAAAGAAGUGUGCACUUUUAUUAUUGCUUAGGAGAUAUAGAAAAAAGAAACAGAAGAUUUUGGGUUCAUCCAUUUAUUACUAUUAUGAAUCCUGAUGGAAACUUUUUUCUUCUAAAAUAUAAAGCUUUGAAAACCGACGAAAAAAAAUUUUUGGAGUAUUUUAGAAUGAGCAUAUCUUCAUUCGAAGAGCUUUUAAGUUUAUUAUCACCAUAUCUUCAGAAACAAUCGUACAAGGGGAGAAUUCCUGUUAUGCCUCUGGAAAUGAUUGGCCUCACUAUCCGAUUCCUAGCGUCCGGAAAUGAAAUCAGAAAUAUACAUUUAGAUUAUUAUCGAGGAAUAAGUACAGUUGCUAAGAUAAUACGAGUAGUUUGUAAAGCAAUAUGGAAAUUUUGUUUAAAUGCAAACAUACCAAAAAUAACACAACAGCUGUUUGAAGAAAUAGCUGCGGACUUUGACAAGAAAGCUAACUUCCCUAACUGUAUUGGAGCCGUUGAUGGGAAACAUAUUCGUAAUCCCCCAAAAAGUGGAUCACUUUUUUUUAAUUACAAGGGCUACAAUUCAAUAGUUUUGUUGGCUAUUGUGGACUCGAAAUACAGAUUCAUCUAUGUGGACAUAGGAGCGUAUGGAAAGGAAAGUGACUCCACUAUUUUCCACAACACGAAACUGUACGACUUACUGAUGAGAGGUGAUUUGCCUACACCAAAAUCAAGGCCGCUACCGGGCUUUCAAGAACCGGUUCCAUAUGUUUUUGUCGGAGACGAAGCUUUUUCUAUUUCGAAUAAUGUCAUGCGUCCUUAUUCUGGCAAGCAUUUGUCUGUUAAACAAAGAGUAUUCAACUACCGUUUGAGUAGGGCAAGAAGAUAUGUCGAGUGUACUUUCGGCAUAUUAGCCAAUAAGUGGCGAAUAUUUCACCGCCCCAUUAACGUUUCAUAUGACUUUGCUAUAGAUAUUGUUAAGGCUUGUUGCAUACUACAUAACUUUGUCAUUAACCGUGAAGAAUUAGACACCCCUAUUGAAAUGAUCAUAGAUGAUUCCGAACUACAACCAAUUGAACAAGGGUUGAAUGUAGGUAGUCAGGUGGUUGGUGCAAAUAUAAUUAGAAACGAAUAUUCGGAUUACUUUACAAGUGAAGUUGGAGCAUUAAGCUGGCAACUACAAAAAAUUUAAGACUAUACCAUACGGCUUGUAUUGUUGCUCGAGUUCUUGGUAAUAAGUCAAUACAAUAGGUACAAAAGGACACAUCGUAAAACAUUAAAGUAACUCGCUGUCGACGCCUAAACAUUUGUAAACAAUUUAAAGAAUAUUUUUUGUGCUUAUAUGAAUAGAAUGUUUGAUUUGUAGGUAGUUUUAGUAAAAAGUAAAAAAAAGUUAUACUUAAUAAAUGUAUUUGUGUACUUACCAAGUU